GAAGCUUCUGGGACGAAGUGAAUUUGUUUCAAAUCAAUUGAACUUGAAGUCUUCUUUGUUCUUGUAUAUAAGUGAUCUAUAAUCUAAGAUUAACUCAAUGGCCUCAACAGCAAGAGCACUAGAGGAAGAAAAGAAAAAAGAAAUACAAAUAAGAGCGAUGGAAAUUACAGAAGAGAAUGGUCAGAUGGAAGUUAACAAUGGGGCGCUGUUAACUCCAUACGAGUCCCUGAUAAACGUCGAUGAUUUGAUCACCAUGGUUGGUAAGCCUUCCAUCUUUGAAAUCCCAAAGACACUCUAUAGGCAUAAUAAGACGGCUUAUCUUCCAAAUGCAUUCUCCUUCGGUCCACUACAUUAUCGCAAACCUGACCUCCAAGCCACACAAGCGCUUAAAUUCACGGUUCUUAGAGACAAGUUAAGUCGUUGCAACGAUCCAAAGGCAAAGUUAGCAGAGUUGGAGAGAGCAGUCUGCGAGAGGCUGUUGGAGGUUCGUCAAUGUUAUGCCAAACAGCUUGAAGAACGAGUUGACGAAAAUAAAUUUGUAGAAAUUGACGAUGACAAAUUUGCAAAAAUUUUGGUGCUUGAUGGUUGCUUUAUUAUUGAAUUGUUCUUCAACGAGUAUGAUCGGCAGGAUUAUCAGCAGUAUCAUCAGCGGUCCAUGGAAGAAGGAUUUCUUCUAUAUGGAAUUGAAACCCAGGCGGCCUAUCUGUUCCAAUGCUUGUAUCAUGACUUGAUUUUGCUGGAAAAUCAGAUACCUUGGUUCGUGCUAGAGCUCUUGUCCAACCUGCUUUAUGGGGGCGAUAGCAAGUUGAAGAUCCGUAAAGGUGCCAUUCGUUUCUUCAGUAAAAUGUUCUCACAUGAUGGACUUUCUAUACCUCCUGCACUUCUUGAAAAGGAAAAAGUGGAGCAUAUUCUGGAUCUGUUAAGGAAGUGUUUGUUUCUAUCAUCCUUAAGAGAUGAGAAGAACGUGCAAUCUUCCUUUCUACCAAGUUUAAUCCGUUUUCUAUUUUUGCCCCUUUGGAAGCUUCUGCUUGUGCCCCUGUGGAAGCGUGUGCUUUUGCCCCUGUUGAAGCCUGUGUUUUUGCCCCUGCGGAAGCAUGUAUUUUUGCCCCUAUGGGAGUAUCUGCUUUUGCCCCUAUGCCGAUGGAAGUAUCUGGUUUUGACCCUUUGGGCUUUGGAGCAAUUAUGGGAUUUUCUACGCCAAUGGAAGUAUCUGGUUGUGCCCCUUGCGCUUUUGAUGCAUCUAUUGGAUUUUCUCUCAGAGCAUCUAUCUUCGCUAACUUCGCACCUGUUGGAGUUCUUACAGAAACUCUUGGAGUUCUUACAGAAACUCUUGAUAGCACCACAGGCACAGGUAUCGGAAAUGGAGAUGCAGGUUCCCUCUGCCAGCAGACUCAAAGAGGCCGGUGUGAAAUUCAAGAGAGGCAGAUCACUAAGGUUGGAUAUAAAGUUUCAGAAAGGUGUUCUUGAAAUUCCAUCUUUGUUAAUCCAUGACUCCAGAGAAACCAUCUUUCGAAACAUGAUUGCUUUUGAGCAGUGUUAUCGUGGUUGUCAUCCUAUAGUCACUUCUUAUGCCAAACUCAUGGACAAUCUCAUUGACACAGUUGAAGACAUAGACAUACUACGCAAGAAUGGCAUUAUUUGCAACUCAUUGAAUCCAGAGGACGCGACUAAGUUCUUCAACAGCUUAUACAAUAGCACUUAUAUCAGUCACAACCAUUAUGCUGACAUCUACAAGGAUGUGAAUUGUUACUGCCAGCGAUGGUGGCCUAGAUGGCGAGCCUUUUACAUUCACAACUAUUUGGGCAAGCCAUGGGCUAUUUUUUCUCAAAUAUUUGCUUUACUUAUUUUAGCUCUCACCAUUUUACAAGUGAUACAUAAGUAACUUAUUCCUUCCUUUAUCAAGUUUGCAUUAAUUAUUUUAUUUGGACGAGGUAGCAUAUCCCUGAAUUGUUGGGUGAUUCUGUUGCAAUGUAAUUUUUGAACGUGUAAUUUUUUUUAUGAGAUUUUCAGUGUUGUUGUUGUUGUUUGUUUUUUUUUUUUUAUGAAUUAUUUAUUGUACUAAUGGUAAUGGACAUUCUUGAAUGAAAUAUAGUAAUGAAG